AUGGCCGUCGCGCCGGUCCCGCCGCCGCCCCUCCUCGCCUCCCACGCCGCCGUACGAGCCGUGGCCUCACGCGUCGCUUCCUACCGACCUAUCAGCGUCGCCGGUGACGACCACGGCAACCACGCCCCGCAGGUCGCUGCUCUCCGCCGCGGCGAUUGGGUGAAGCUCAUCUGCGGCGCCAGCUUCGAGGAUGCUGCCGAUGUCAGGAAUCUCUCCCUUGUCUACACGCUUGCUGGAGUGGAUUGCAUCGAUUGUGCAGCAGAUGCAUCUGUAGUCAGUGCGGUGAAUGAAGGAAUCGAUGUAGCAGCCUCGAUUGUACCAUCAGUUCAAAGGCCAUGGGUGAUGGUUAGUGUAAAUGAUGAUUGUAGAGAUCUUCAUUUCCGCAAAGCUGAAUUUGAUCCUGAGGAGUGCCCGCCGAAUUGCUCAAAGCCAUGUGAGAAAGUUUGUCCUGCUGAUGCAAUAUCACUAAACAGGGUCAUGGUCGGAGGAGAACAUGCUCAGUCUGAUCCUGUAUGUGAUAAACUUGAGGGUGGUGUCAUUGUCCAACGAUGCUAUGGCUGCGGUAGAUGCUUAUCAGUUUGCCCUUAUGACAGAAUAAGAGCGGUGUCCUAUGUACGAGAUCCUGCUACAACUGCCGAACUGUUGAAAAGGAGUGAUGUUGAUGCAAUAGAAAUACAUACCACUGGAAAGGGAACCGAUAUGUUCAGUACUCUCUGGAACAGCUUGGGUGAGUCAGUCAAUAAUGUGAAGUUGGUCGCAGUUAGCCUGCCUAAUGCUGGUGAAUCAACAAUCAAUUUUAUGAAUGUGAUAUACACGAUAAUGCAGUCUCGUGUGGAAGGGUAUAAUCUUUGGCAGUUAGAUGGUCGGCCCAUGAGUGGAGACAUUGGUCGUGGCGCAACAAGGGAAACAGUUUCUUUUGCUGUUGAUUUGACUUCACUACCAGAUAGGCCUCCUGGCUUUUAUCAGCUGGCUGGUGGCACCAACUUAUACACUGUAGAUUGCUUAAAGAAAGCUGGUCUUUUCAAGGCUAGGACUUUACCUGGGACAACCACCACUCAAAAGAUUGGUUCUCAGGAAGCUCUAAUAGGAGGAAUAGCAUAUGGUGGCUAUGCUCGCAAGAUUGUUGGAAGAGUUCUGCACAAAAUACCAUCACAAGUUGGCUGCAUGCGCAUUGAGAACCAUCCAGGAUAUCUCUUAGAGGCAUUGCAAGAAGCCUUGUCCUUAGUAGGCCCUGUGAAGGGUUAUCCAGAUUUGCCAAAAUGAUUACAAAUGGCAUGCACGAGCUAUAUUCCGACUAAACAAAAAAGACAUUGCUGAGAAAGCAGUAUCUCAUCUGUUCUUGUGCAGGUACAGGAAGCAGAUGAUUUAAUCUCAGAUGUUUGCCCUAGCUAAUCUGGUGGUUGCAUCGUGAAAGUAGGGUACCUUUCUAUGACCAUUGGAUUGCUUGAUGGGCAGUAUGGAUCGACAGUUGCUGGGUCUUGCUGGAUAUCUCAUCCAGAGAUCUGAGAUUUGGGUUCAGGGCUCUACCUCCAGACUCUAGUCCUCUAGCUAUUCCAACUUACAAGUGAAGGUCCCAUGCUUUGGCAUGCAUUUGCAGAGCUAGGAUACUCCAUGUAACUAACAUGGUUUUUCCUUGGAUAAUUGGAUCGAUGGUUUGGUAUGGACGCAUGAACGGAUGAACCCACACAUCCCCACUUUUGUUGCUUCGUUUCCAAGUGGUCAAGCAAAAUGGAUAAAACAAAAUGAAGCAGGCCAUCACCACGGCGGUUGUGGUGCAAUGACUUUCAGCAUGCAUUGUUCAUGUCACAUCAUACUUGUUUGUAUAGUGGUACUUCAGAGAUUUCUGGGCCUUGAUUUGCAAUCAUGUUAAUUAACAAUGUUUCUUUUGUUGCUAGGGAUAAUUUGAUCAGUUACUUGCUUUC